AUGCCGCCAUCCACCGUUUUCUCCUACUUGCGUCGUGAUCAUCGCCGCCCGAGCCCAUCGUCAACCACAGCUGCCUCGCCUUCCACCCAUACCUUUCCCCAGCUGCCCCCGACCGCCAGCACGACCAAGCUCACGGAUUCGAUAUUUGAAACGGGCCCAUGGACAGAGACGACGAGGGAGAUUCCGUCAGAUAGUGCGCUAGAGCCGGCCACGGGCUUGGAGCUCGAACAAGUGAAUAGCACUCCGUCCUUACGUCCUGCGAGCAACCCUUCUAGGCCUCAUUCGAGUUCGGGUGAAAGCUUAGAACCUCUUUCGAGCCUGACGAAUAUCCAAAAACCGCACCAUCACGACGGCGGACUACACAAGGGGAUAUCAUCAUGGAAGCGAAGCUUUGGCGGACAAAAGGUUGGAGCUGCUCCGGUGCCCUCAACCGGAGGAGCUGGGAAGGGCAAAACAUCUGACGUUGGCGGUGGGAUAUCGAAUUUGCCGUUUCGAGAACAUAAACCGGAAAAUUCCACGUCUCGUCGAGAUGGUGGCUAUGAUGUCGUGCACGAAUCGUCGUCGUCUCGCGGCGGCAAGAUGAGAUUCCAUCUGCUGAACCCGAUGGCUCUUUUGGCUCGUCGACGAUCGGCGCAGUUGAACACACGAGCUGAAGAUAUCAACAUUGGAAAGCUUACGCUUCCAGCGUUGCCCGAUGACUAUGACCCUAGGAUCCGUGGAAAGCUCUUCCACGAUUUCUCCAACCCCCGACCCCGGCCUCACCCUAUUUCCAGCAACACGCAACCAUAUCCGAGAGAUCAUGGUAGACCAUCACUACGUACGGAAGAAGGCUAUUACUCAGAUAGUUCUGCGCAGGCUUCGCGUAGAAGUCGCCGGUUCGAACAUAAACCCGUCUUCAAAGAGGACUUUGAAGACGGCAAUGCGAAGCCCGCCAGCAGUCAGGACAGCCCUCCACAAACCAAAGGCACAUCUUACUCACUCCCUGUAUUCGCGCGUAAUCUUCCCUCGACUCUGCCAUCGCAACGUGACGAGAAGCCACUGCCAGAGGUACCUUCGGCGCCUCCUAAAACCUCCCACGAAGCGGAGGCAGAGGCACCACAUCCUUUACGGUCGCGGCCACCGACAGUUCGCGAACCGCCAUCACAAGCUCCGACGGGGCUUCCUAAACAUUUGACAAGCAGUGCAUCGAGAUUUAGUUUUGACAUGGCAGGAGGUGACUCUGCCUCUCAAGAAAGGCUUCUGGAAGAGAAGCAUAAAGAAAAGGAAGCUGCGAGAAAGGCCAAGGAGCGAAGCGAAGUUGCUGCUGAUGGUUUUGAGUCUGACGAAUUUGAUUAUGAUGCAAUGAUGGACGACGAUGGCUUGGAAGAAAAGAUCCCUGGGGUUAACGCUGACGCGGAGGACUACGAGGAUGGAGAUUUAGAUAUAAAUGCUGUGCAGCCACUGAACCUGCCGGGAACAUCUUCAUUCCUUCUGAGUCCAAUCAGCUCGGAAGGCGCACCUUCUCCGCAACUUUCACAAUUACAGGAGCCAUAUCCCUCUUGUGGAGCUGGAAUGCUUUCUACGAAUACUGAGAGGACAUCGGCGCUGAUGACCCCUUCACUUACUAUAGACACCAAUCAACCUUUCCUGGCCCAGCAAGCUCCGCAAGUGACGAACAAGUCAGUCGCGUCGCAUACGAUGUACGAUGAGGAUGAGUUAUACUAUGACGAUGGCUUGUUUGGUGAUUUGCCAGAGGAUAUGGAGACAGGGGGCUUUGACGAAUCUGUAUUCGAUGAUGAAGCUAGCCAUUUGUACGAGCGCAAGAAUAAGGCAAACAACGUACUUCCUGCGAUACUUGAGAAUCAGCCUGACGUGAGGGAUACUGCAAUAGACUCUCGACGAUGUGAACCGCCACCGGGAGAUGCUAACAAAAUCACCGAUCAGCCUGCUGGUUUGGAAUUUGAAGAAUCGACCUCAGAAGAGCCAGAGGAACCGAUUCGGGGAUUAACACAGGGAAACCUGCAGGCAUAUCAUGACGCGCUUGCACAGGCUGCGAACGAAGCGGCGCUGAAAGGACGGUUUGAGCGAAGUUUUAGCGGAAGCGAAGCGUCUGAUGACCGUGAUGCAACUGAGGACUCUCAUCCUGAUUUAACCGCCGGUGAAAGCCGGCACACGAGCCAGAACAUUGAGAUGGCACCCGACGAUGUAUUUGAUGACUUUGCUUUUUACGACGCGGAUGAUCUUGAUGAUGAUCCCAUGAUUGCGGCGGCUAACGCAGAAGCGCUUGAAAACGACGAUGAAGGACUUUAUGGCCAGGAGUUUGGGUUCUACGCACAUUCACAUCCUCACUGCGACGGUGAGCGUGUGCUUGGGGGUUACUUUGGCACGUUGGGCUUGGAAGGGGUGAAGAGGAAUCACAGUGCUCGGGCGAAUUUCCAGGAGCCGAGCCUUACGCCGAUCACUGAACGCAGUGAAUGGAGUACAAGGAACUCGAUCGUCUCGUUAGCGCCGCACGGUGGACCGCAGUCCAAUCCAUCCAUUUCCAGCCCUCCGCUGUCACAGCUCCUCGAUAUGGGUCAUUUCGACGACGAGAUUUCGUUAACGGCUCUGAUGAAGCUUCGACGGGGGGCGUUUGGUGGCAGCAAUGGCAGCCUCCGGAGCAAUGCUACCAGCCAAACGGGCCAGUCUCCGCAGUCUCCUUCCGCCCCAAUUGGCUCUAGUUUUGGAAGUUUUUCAAGUAUUCACAAAGCUUUACCUGAUCAGAAGCGUGCAAACGGGCUGCAUUCGCCAGGUGGACUGGGUUCGCCGCCUUGGGCAGAUGCUGGCACUUCAUACCAAAAAGACAGUGAAUCUGGUUCGAGCGGAGGCUUAGGGGACGUUCCGCUCAGGCUCCGGUCCGCUGAGCGGCCACGUUCGAUGAACAUGGAGCCGUACGCCAAGUCGAGAUCGCCAGAGAUGAUUCGGAGGCACAUUCGCAGCAAUAGCGCAACGGAAAGCAUCAGCUACGUGAAGGAGACUGAUGACUCUGGAGCGAAUUGCUGGGUGUUGGAGCGACGGCGAACCGGAGACGAUGGCGAGGGCGAGGUGGUCGAGAGAGAAGUUAUGAGCUCAGGGCAUAUCUGA